CUGAAAACUCUUCUUCCUUUUCUUGUUUUCUUUACUCUCUUCCUCUCAUCUCUCCUCCUCUCUCCUCACAAAUCUCUGUCAUUCUUCUGUCCCAUUUCGUUCUUUCUUUCUUUCUCUCCUCCCUCCCUUGCAUUCUCACAAGAAGAAAAAAAAAAAAAGAAAACAGGGCACUCUGUUUUCCUCCAUCUCUGUUUCUUGAACUUCAGGCAAGAAAACAGCUACAAUGACCAAACAGAAUGUGCUAGUAUCUGAUACAAAAUCAGGUAUCAGCAUGGCAAUAACACUUGCGGUGAGAAACUCAGCACUCUUCACCACUGCAUCCCAGAAGCCUCCAGCUGUUCCGGGAACUUACAUGAAGAAGCUGCUUCAGAACCUUGAAAUCAAUACUGGGGCCAAAAUCAACUCUUGGGUUGACUCAAUGAGAGCUUCUUCCCCUACUCAUCUCAAGUCCACCCCACCUCUCUCUUCUGACGACCAAUCCUCCUCGACGCUGCACCAUCCAUCGGCUCUGGACAUGUUUGAGCAAAUAACUAAUGCUUCCAAAGGAAAGCAAAUAGUGAUGUUUCUCGACUACGACGGCACGCUUUCGCCUAUAGUGGAGGACCCUGAUCGCGCUUUCAUGUCGGACGCGAUGAGGGCAGCCGUGAGAAAACUUGCUAGGUAUUUUCCCACAGCGAUUGUCAGUGGAAGGUGCAGGGACAAGGUAUAUAGUUUUGUACGACUGGCAGAAUUGUACUAUGCUGGAAGCCAUGGAAUGGACAUAAAAGGGCCAUCAAAAGGUUACAAACACAAGAAAGGAGCUCAAGCUGUGCUUUUUCAACCAGAUGCAGCUAAUGAAUUUCUUCCUAUGAUAGAUGAGGUUUAUGAAGCACUACUAGAGAAAACUAAAUCAACGGAAGGGGCAAAAGUGGAGAAUAAUAAAUUUUGUGUGUCUGUACACUUCCGCUGUGUUGAUGAAAAGAAAUGGGUUGAACUGGCACAGCAAGUCAAAUCAGUCUUGAAGGACUACCCAAAGCUUCGAUUAACCCAAGGAAGAAAGGUAUUAGAAAUCCGUCCUACUAUUAAAUGGGACAAGGGGAAGGCCCUCGAAUUUUUGUUAGAAUCACUUGGUUACGCCAAUCGUAAAGAUGUAUUUCCUGUUUAUAUUGGGGACGAUCGAACCGAUGAAGAUGCUUUCAAGGUGUUGAAAGAGAGAAGACAAGGUUUUGGAAUUCUUGUUUCAAAAACUCCAAAAGAAACCAGUGCUUCUUAUUCACUAAAAGAACCAUCAGAGGUGAAGGACUUUCUCCAACGCCUAGUGCAGUGGAAAAGGCUGUGCUUAGGACGACAGUCCAGAGUUCGAAGGCAGCUUGAAGACAUAAAUGCAAUCUCUGGCUAAUAAAUUAGAGAAAUUCUAUAGUAAAGAUAUAAAUAUAUGUAUUGUUGUAGCCGGAAAAAGAAAAAAAAAAGUAAAUUCAGAGAAAAGCAUGAAAAAAGAAAUUUGCUUUUCUCUGGGCUUUUUGGCCUUGUACAUCUUUGUAUUAUUUAACCAUGUACAAGGGAAAUUCCGCUGCACUAAUUUUGUAAGGUCGUUUUCUUUUUUGCUAUCAAUGAAAAAUAACUAGCUUUUAGCUUUUCAAUGGUA